UGUGGAACUAAACGUCUCAGCAGAUCAGUCAGUAUAUGUAUACCUCCUCCUCAGAACUGAUUUUACACAAGAAAGACUCUGCAGACUCUGCCAAUGCACACACGUGUUCCCGCGGAGCGCGCCAUGUCUAGUGAGGGCACUUCCGGGAGGCAGCAGUGACGUGUUUCCGGCGGCGGAGUUCUCGCGGGAUUCUGAGCCGGAUUCUAUUGUGCCACGUCUGAGCUGUGCAGGUGAGAUGGGUCGAAUCUGGCAGAAAGGAUCGCGAGGGGCCUGUGCCACAUUGCUGGCCUUGGUGGUGGUAAAUCUGCUGUGCACUACAUUGGCUCAGAAUCACCAUGGGCACAGCCACGGAGAUGGUCACCAUGGCCACAGUCAUGAAGGUCAUCAUGGGCACGGCCAUGGACAUCAUGGGCACGGACAUCACGGCCACGAGCAUGGACACGCGCACGGCCACGAGCAUGGACACGCGCACGGCCACGAGGACCACCACGGGCACGCCCACGACGACCACCACGGUCAUGAUCACCACGGUCAUGGUCACGAGGAUCUUGAUGCCUUCAGAAACCGCUGGCAGUUUGGAGAUGCACCACCCCAGGAGGCCAUUGAACAGCCUGCUAAAAGUGAAGCCCACGUAGACUCUCCACCUUCCCCACCACAGUGGUUAAAAGAGAAGCUGGAUCCCGUGACACUCUGGACCUAUGCAAUCUGUGCUACUCUACUGAUCUCGGCCGCGCCAUUCUUCAUCCUCUUCCUGAUCCCGGUGCAGUCCAACAGCAGCCAACAUCAGUCCCUGCUCAAACUACUCCUGAGCUUCGCCUCGGGGGGGCUGCUGGGAGAUGCCUUCCUGCACCUUAUCCCCCAUGCCCUGGAGCCGCACUCCCAUCACCAAGUGGAGGAGGGGCAUCACGGGUCACAUGAACAUGAACACGGACAUUCUCACGACCACAGCCAUGCCCAUAUGAUGACCGUCGGCCUGUGGGUGCUGGCAGGAAUCAUCGCCUUCCUGGUCGUAGAGAAGUUUGUGCGUCACCUUAAAGGAGAGGAUGGACACGGCCACAGUCACAGCCACGCUCCAAAGGAAGCCAAGGCCAGUGAAUCGAAGGAUAAAGAAGAUGAGAAACCGGAAGGGAAGGAGGGAGUGAGGAAUAGAAAGAAGGAGAAUAAUGGCGGCAAGAAAGGAAAGGAGGAGAAGCCCCGAUCAGAUAUGACUGUGUCUGGCUACCUCAACCUUGCUGCUGACUUCACCCACAACUUCACAGAUGGUUUAGCCAUUGGAGCCUCUUUCUUGGUCAACACCAACGUUGGCAUUGUUACCACCAUCACCAUUCUGCUGCACGAGGUUCCCCAUGAGAUCGGAGACUUCGCCAUCCUAGUACAGAGCGGCUGCACCAAGAAGAAGGCGAUGAUGUUGCAGCUCAGCACAGCACUGGGUGCUCUGGCGGGCACUGCCUGCUCCCUCUUGGCAGAAGGCAUUGGUGAAGCGGCCACUCUGUGGAUUCUGCCUUUCACCGCCGGUGGAUUUAUCUACAUCGCAACUGUCUCCGUCAUCCCUGAACUGCUCCAAGACUCUCGUCCCUCUCAGUCCAUUAAGGAGACCAUUGGGCUGCUUCUUGGGGUCGCCAUGAUGGUCCUCAUUGCACAGUUUGAGUAGGAUUUUGGCCGUGUUAUCUAGCUGGGACCGGAGCCGCGGUGAAUAGUGACAUAAUUGAGUGCCGAGGGGCCAUUGUCAGAUGCUGGUGGUGUCCUUGUGCUCUUGCAACACUAUAGAGCAAGAGUGAUGUCACUUUCUUAUCUCGCCCCAAUGGGUUGUCAUAUCACGGUCUGCACACUUAAUUUUUAUUUUUGGGCUGGAUUUCUUUUUUCUGGACCAAAUUAUUGUCUAAACGUGAAUUUUCAUAAUAUCCUUAAAGUGGAGGUUCACCCGAAAAGUAAAUUUUUAACCUUAGAUUGAUGCUCAUUUUGUCUAGGG